AUGUGCGAUUCGAUGGACCUCUCUCCCGUCUCCAAGCUGAGCAGCAACUUCCAGGACCUCUACACGGCAGGCGACCGCGAGGUCCCAGUGCGCAAGUCCCUCUUCGGAGCCCAGUCGGCCCAAUCCACAACUUCAUCGUCGAGCGCGACUUCGCCGGAUGCAUUCGCGUCGUUCUCGGCCCUGGCCGAACUGACGAGCUCGGCCUCGGCCCACCCCGGUAACACCUUCAAGAAGCCGCUGGGUCCCUCGACCAAGCUCACCCGCGCCAAGAAGCUCCACCACUCCGACAAGCGCAAGCCCGGCAGCUUCAUCGUCCGAUCCACGACUACGUCAUCUUCUUCAUCCCUGACUGCCUCCAGUUCCUCGAUUUAUACCGCCCCCCACCCUUCGACAUCGUCUACAUCUUCGCUACUCACCACAUCCAGCGACGAUGUCGCUGCGAUGCGACGUGCCGGCCGAGCCCAGAGCUUCUGCUUUGGCGAUCGAUCGCCGCUGUCGCCCAUCGAUCUCGAUCACGAAAAUCGAGUAGCGGCCCAACAGCCUUCAUCAAAGGCCAGAAAUCUCUUCAAUUGCGUCGACGAUGGCCUGAGUCGCGACACCUCGCCCUACUCGGGCCAACGUAGCGUGGGCAGCUGUCCCACCUCGCGUCGUGCCUGCCAGGCCAUCACCUCGUCCACAUCUUCGAAGCUGCCCACGCUUCGUCUCGAUCAGCUGCCAACGAUGGAUUGCGAUGACCUCGCCGCGGCGCGCGACGACGAUGACGACCUCUACGAUGACGACAACGGCGAGAACGACGACAACGACAACAACAAGGAGAACGUGGUACCCACUGCCAUCAGCGGCGCCUCGCCCUACCGCCCGCCGCUGUUCCAGCUCUCGCCGUCGCCCUCGUCGCCCAGCCGUUCGCGCCGCGCCGGCUCCAUGACCGACCGCCCCCACCUGCGCCGCCACAACGUCGGCCUCCUCGCCUCGGACGACGACCUCGCGGGCGCCGCCGCCGAUGACCAGUCGUUCCGCAUUCACCACCGCGGCCUCUCCGUCUCGUCCGCCGCCGUGCCCACCACAGCCUCACCGUUCAACAGCAGCGGCCUUGCGUCGUCGCUGACGUCAUCAUCGUCGGCUGUGGUCUCCACUUCGCCCUUUGCCGCGCCGACAUCGUCAUUUUUGUCGACGUCGACGUCGGUGGCCACGUCGCCGUUCAACGGGGCCGAGGCCAAGCCCGCCGCCGGCGGCGGUGGGCUCACCAUGUCGGGCGUGUCGGCCGGAAUCAACGCGCGCCGGCUCAAGAUGCGCGUAGGGCGGUCGCUCACGAUGUCGUGCGGUUCGCUGCCGGCCCUCCACCCGAUGUCGUCGGCCACGUCACCCUCGACGUCGACGCCAGACAUGCGCGAGGCCCACGUGCCGGUGCUGCCGACCAACCCGCACGCGAGCCACUCGGACCUGCCCUGCAUCGAGCCCGCCACCCUCAUGCGCCUCCUGCGCGGCGAGUUCGAUGGCGUCUUCACGCGCCUCUUCGUCAUCGACUGCCGCUUCCAGUACGAGUACGACGGCGGACACAUUCGAGGAGCGUUGAACCUGCCCACGACGCAGGACGUGGAGAAGUACUUCAUGACCAACCCGAUCCCGCUCAAGGAGAAGGUGUGCAUCAUCUUCCACUGCGAGUUCUCCUCCCACCGCGGUCCCGUCCUGUGUCGGUACCUGCGCAGUUGGGACCGUAAGAUGCACGAGCACUGCUACCCGGAGCUCUACUACCCGGAGAUGUACGUGCUCGAGGGCGGCUACAAGAAGUUCUGGGAGACGGCCGAGGCCCCGGCCUUCUGCGAGCCCCAGGCCUACGUGCCCAUGAACCACUCCAACUUUUCCAAGGAGAUGAAGACAGGGCUGGCGAGCAUUCGCAACUUCUCGACGAAGAAGCAGGGCAGCGGGAGCUUGCGUUCGCGGAGCUGGACGGUUGACGCGCAGGACGUGGCCACCGUGGCCGCCCUCCGACCCGUCCGCUUCCCGCGUCUCGCCGCCGUGCCCUCACCGCUCGGUGCCGCCGCUGCCGACCACCACCUCGAUGACUGA